GCCCGCUGGAUCGAGCCCUUCGCACGUUGGAGGGCGUCGCCAAAGAGCCCUUGGAAAAGAUCGCGCUGGCGGCCAGCAAGCGCGCGGUCAACGGCAUGGGAGUCCUGUGCCGUCAUGUGAAGGAUCUUAUGGCAGAGGUCAACGAGAUUCGCUACGCCGAGGGCGCCACCUUCGAUGGGGCCACGCUCAUGGAGGCCAAGCGUGCGCUCUGGGACAAGUUGUGGACACCGACGGAUUUAUCUGGCAGAGCUGUCAUGGACGUUCUGCAGCAAGCUACGGAGUUCGCCCGUCAUGAAGAGACCCAGCCUCUCACCCUGGACAGCUUGGAGGCUGCGCCGAUGGCUAUCUCUCCGCCGAAGGUGGCAG